AUGUCCAUAUAUCCUCUGGUUCCUAAAAGCAAAGCUGUGGAGGUCACCAAAUUAGCUAUAGAUGCUGGGUUCCGCCACAUUGAUAGUGCUUAUGUGUACAAUAAUGAAAAAGAGGUCGGACAGGCCAUCCGAAGCAAAAUUGAAGAUGGAACUGUGAAGAGAGAAGACAUAUUCUACACUUCAAAGCUUUGGGUCACUUUCCUUCGACCAGAGUUGGUCCAAUCAGCCUUGGAAAAGUCUCUGAAAAGACUUCAACUGGACUACGUUGAUCUCUAUCUCAUUCACUUUCCAACAGCUGUGAAGCCAGGGGAGGAGUUUCUUCCGAAAGAUGAACAUGGAAAAGUAAUAUUUGACACAGUGGAUCUCUGUGCCACAUGGGAGGCCAUGGAGAAAUGUAAGGAUGCAGGAUUGGCCAAGUCCAUCGGUGUGCCCAACUUUAACCGCCGCACGGAGAUGAUUCUGAACAAGCCAAGACUCAAGUACAAGCCUGUCUGCAACCAAGUGGAAUGUCAUCCUUAUCUCAACCAGAGCAAACUGUUGAAUUUCUGCAAGUCAAAAGGUAUUGUCCUAGUUGCCUAUAGUGCUUUGGGAAGCCAGCGCACAGAAGGAUGGGCAGACAAGAGCUUCCCAGUUCUGUUGGAGGAUCCAGUCCUUUGUGCCAUGGCAAAAAUGUAUGAGCGAACUCCAGCAGUGAUUGCCCUUCGCUACCAGCUACAGCGUGGGGUGGUGGUCCUGGCCAAGAGUUACAAUGAGAAGCGGAUCAAAGAGAACAUUCAGGUUUUUGAAUUCCAGUUGACUUCAGAGGACAUGAAAGUCCUAGAUGGCCUAAACCGAAAUCUUCGAUAUCUUCCUUUACGCGUUGCUGCUGACCAUCCUGAGUACCCAUUUUCUGAUGAAUAUUAA